UGCGAGUCGGGCAGUGACAGCGGCCUCUCCCUUUAUUUCUUAUUGGGUGGUUUUUCAAGCUGCAAGCUAGCUUCGCGUUAACGUUAGCUUGUUAGCUAGGCAGCCACGCGAGAUAGUGGAUCUGUCAGUCGUUUGUUCAUUUUCUUUUUAGCGUGUAUUUAUUAUUUAAAAAUUUAACAUUGACUUUAAAUCCAGCUUGAGGCCUUGGUUAGUGUUGCUAGCUAGCUCGGAGCUAAGCUAACCGAGUUGUAAAUGGCGUCGGAUACGAGUGAUGCCGAGGAAUUUUACGACGCGGACGAGAACGUCAACUUGUCUCCGUCGCCGAAUGUGUCACCUGCGAAGUUCGUCCUUCCCAAAUGUCAGGGUCUGGAGAACCCGGCGCAGGAAGAUGCUGCUGUGUCAGAGCCUCGCCACGAUGACUCUCUGCAGAUCAUAGACAGUAUUAUAGAGGAGAGUCAGAAAGGGGGCGGAGUCGAGGAGGACCUGUUGAGCUCUGAGGAGAAAAGCUCCGCCUCCUCCCUUCCAGUAGCUCCGGAUCUCCCUGCGGCUCUUGAUGUCGAACAGGAAGUGAGAUCGCAGGACACCCCGGACAAGCAGGAAGCGGCUCCUGAAGGAGCUCGGGCGUCUCAGGAAGUACCUCCUCUGCCUCCGGACGUCACGUGCGCUCUGGGGCCGUCUCAAUCCGCCGACACGGACGCGCCCAAAACGGCGGACAUCUUGGAUCAGGUGCCGCUCGGAGACAAACCGGAGUCGGAGUCGGACUCGUCCGGGCCGUCGAAGCCUCCCAGGCAGUUUACGGUGGAGCCAGAUAUCGUCGCGAGCACCAAGAAAACUCCUCCGACGAGACCGCCACCUCCAAGCGGGGCUGCGCCUCCCAGGCCGCCGCCCCCGGCUCGCCCCUCUCUUCCCGCCAGUAAGAAAUCUCAGGAAACCAUCCGGCCCACUAGGCUGGAGGUGUCCGCAGAUGGAGCGGAGGAGCCGUGUGGAUUGGUCAGCCCCAACUCCAGUGCCAGAGGACUCGCUAAAGAGCUGCAGCACUCUCUGGACCUCGCCAGCGCCACCAGCGGGAAUAAAGUGGUGACUGCGCAGGAAAGUGACGAGCGAGAGCCCAGUCCGAGCGGUAGUGAAACUCCUGGACCCCAGAGACCGCGCUCUAACUCAGGCAGAGAGCUCACUGAUGAGGAGAUCCUGGCGAGCGUGAUGAUUAAGAACCUGGACACGGGCGAGGAGAUCCCGCUGAACCAGGCCGAGGAGAAACUCCCAGCGGGAAUCAACCCACUCACACUGCACAUCAUGAGGAGGACCAAGGAGUACAUCACGAACGACGCCGCUCAGUCAGACGACGAUGAUAAGAGUCAGGCUCCGCUGACCGACUCGGACGGAGGGAAGCUCAAACAGAAAACCACGCAGCUGAAGAAGUUCCUGGGGAAGUCGGUGAAGCGGGCGAAGCACCUGGCAGAGGAGUACGGCGAACGCGCGGUCAACAAGGUGAAGAGCGUGCGGGACGAGGUGUUCCACUCGGAGCAGGACGAGCCGUCGUCCAGCGAUGACGAGGGCAUGCCGUACACGCGGCCCGUCAAAUUCAAAGCGGCCCACGGCUUCAAGGGCCCGUUCGACUUCGACCACGUCCGAGUGGUGCAGGACCUCAGCGGAGAGCACAUGGGAGCGGUCUGGACGAUGAAGUUCUCUCACUGCGGCCGGCUCCUGGCUACAGCCGGGCAAGACAACGUGGUACGCAUCUGGGUCCUAAAAAACGCAUACGACUACUUUAACAACAUGAGAAUCAAAUACAACACUGAGGGUCGCGUCUCGCCAUCGCCAUCUCAAGAGAGUUUGUGCUCCUCCAAGUCUGACACUGAAGGAGGGCCGGCGGGAGCAGCGGUGGACGACUCGGACCUCGAAGACAAAACCGUCCCCUUCAGGCAGAUUCCCUUCUGCAAGUACAAAGGCCACACAGCCGACCUCCUGGACCUCUCCUGGUCAAAGAACUACUUCCUGCUGUCGUCGUCCAUGGAUAAGACGGUGCGCCUCUGGCACAUAUCGCGGCGAGAGUGCCUCUGCUGUUUCCAGCACAUCGACUUCGUCACGGCGAUCGCCUUCCAUCCCAGAGACGACCGGUACUUCCUGAGCGGCUCGCUGGACGGCAAGCUGCGCCUGUGGAACAUUCCGGAUAAGAAGGUGGCCCUGUGGAACGAGGUGGACGGCCAGACGCGCCUCAUCACCGCCGCCAACUUCUGUCAGAACGGCAAAUAUGCCGUCAUCGGCACCUACGACGGGCGCUGCAUUUUCUAUGACACCGAGCGCCUUAAGUACCACACGCAGAUCCACGUGCGCUCCACCAGGGGGAGGAACCGCGUGGGCCGCAAAAUUACCGGCAUCGAGCCUCUGCCUGGAGAGAAUAAGAUCCUGGUGACGUCGAACGACUCUCGCAUUCGUCUGUACGACCUGAGGGACCUGUCGCUGUCCAUGAAGUACAAAGGCUACGUGAACAGCAGCAGUCAGAUCAAAGCUAGCUUCAGUCACGAUUACUCGUUCAUCGUGAGCGGCUCGGAGGAUCGCUACGUGUACAUCUGGAGCACGUACCACGACCUGAGCAAAUUCACCUCGGUACGGAGGGACCGCAAUGACUUCUGGGAAGGAAUUAAAGCCCACAACGCCGUCGUGACGUCGGCCAUCUUCGCGCCGCACCCGGACCUGAUCGUGCCCCAGGAGCCAGGGGCGGAGAAACCCGACACAGAGUGCAAGAGCGACGUCACAGACGAAUCCGAGCCCAUCCCGUCAGGAGCUUUAAAAACGGAUCACACGGAAGUUCUCCUCUCCGCCGACUUCACAGGCGCCAUCAAAGUGUUCGUCAACGUGAAAAAAUACUAAGCGCUUUAAAUCUGUUGGACUUGGGACUGGGGGGGGGUGGAGCUUUGUCAAAAAACAAAACAAAAAAAACCCAAGAUGAUUCUACGAGUAUCACUUUAUUGUAUUGUCUUUAAUCGGAGGACUAUAAACCCCGCCCACAGCUCCUUCUUCGUCUAGCGAUCGGCUUCUGGUGAGUGCUCUGAGAGGGGGAAGCGGGGACGUCGUCAAGCCCCGCCCUCUGUGCAGGGAACAGGGACCCAGGAAGUGGACAUGGUGGAGGACAAUCGAGGACGGAAACGGAGGAACGUAUCUAGAACUCGACGCACUUCUUUUAUCUUUCAUCAUUCUUUUUCUUUCGGCAGACAGCGGUCAUUUUACAAACGAGGUCGGUUUGAGGAAAAGCUUAACUGUUCUCGGGGGAGGGGUGUGGGUGGGAUGAAAUCUAACUGCAAUGUCGCGAGUCUCGUUUAUCGAUCAAGUUCUCACCGUGUUUACACUUUUUUUGUUUGUACUCGUGCCCGUUCGACAGAGCUGGCACAGCUGAUUAUACAUUGUGUUUAGCCACACCCACACAACUCCAUAAGAGGCAAAGUCUGCAGAGCUGAAGACGAUAAAAUGGCCACUAAACGGCGACAGAGCACCUCGUGAACACGGCACGUGCUCAAUUUUCCAGUACCGCUGGAAUUUUCAGGUCACCGCUGAAACAGACGCGCACUGACCCCUCCCCCCUUUUUCUCCGUUCAGUACAGCUUGAAAUAAAUAAGUGAUUCGGAUGCGACAGCGUAACCUGGGAAUGAACUCUUCGCCACUCGUACGUCUCCUUGCGUGUAAAUGUACACCGCGCUAAGCUACAAACGUUUUCCGAGUCUGGUGCAAACGCUGUGGCGAAGGACUCGUGGAUGAAUCCGUUCGUACUCGGUUUGAUAAACGAGGCUCGCCGCGUCACACUCGCGGGACCAGGUCAACGUGCAGGUGCAGCGGUGUUAUUUUUUGGUUUGUUUAUUUUUGAUGAAAGCCGAAUCGCCGCUAUGUUUCGUAUCGUACUCUGAUGAGGAGGAAACUGCAUUUGAUCAGAAAACAUUUUGUCGGUGAAGAUAAGUGUUGUUUUUUUUCUCCCCCCCCCACAUGACCAGAGACGUAGUUGGGACAUUCAGCUACAGUUUGACCAAAUGAUCAGAAGUUGAAUUAUUCUUCGCCAUUCUGAACGUUUUUCUUGCUGCUGUUUUUCACUUUGUCUUGCAUUUGUGUGGAAAGUUAAGAAUGAGCCACAUAUCAUAAAUUACAGCUGCAGAUCUGAUCUCUCACACACACACACUUCUAAUGGGUUCCUGUUUGUUCUGUUGCCGCUCCAACACCAUUUCACAUGUGUUCAUCAGUGUUAUAGAACGACAUGAUUUUUUUUUUUUUUUUUUUUUUAAAGGAUUCAUAAAGAAUAAAGUGUAAUGGUUUUCUCUGUGCACCAUGAGGAAAUCUCGAGGAAGACUACGCAUUCAUGUUGGGGUUUUUUCAGUAAAUGCUUUAUCGUGGUCAGCA